AUGUCGGCCGAAAAGAGCUCUGUUGGAGAGAAAGUCCGAGUUUUCUUCCUCGGUGACGAGGCGAAAAGUAAGGAGGAGAGAAGACUUGUUCAGAAGAUCGACUUCUUCAUCCUGACUUACUGUUGUUUGAGUUACUUCUUCAACUUCCUCGACCGUGCUGCUUUCGCCAAUGCAUACGUUGCCGGCCUUCGAGAGGCCCUUAACAUGAAGGGCCAUGACUACAACACAGUUCUUUCAGUAACGACGGCUGGCAUGGCUAUUGGUCAGAUUCCUCACGGUUUGAUCAUCCAGAAGAUUGCUCCGCGCAUCUGGCUUCCUUCAAUGGUCGUUGUUUGGGCGGCUUUGACAAUGGUCAGCGCGGCCUGCAAGACCGUGACUCAACUUUGCGUUGUCCGCUUCUUCCUCGGCCUCGCAGAAGCUUCAACCUACGCCGGAACCAUCUACAUCAUCGGAUCAUGGUACAAGCCGAAGGAAAUCUCCAAGAGAACCGCGAUCUUCACGGCGUCUGGUCAGGUCGGCACCAUGUUUGCCGGUGUCAUGAUGGCAGCUAUCUAUAAGGGCAUGGCGGGGCUCGGUGGCCUCGGAGGCUGGCAAUGGGUGUUCCUCAUUGACGGCAUCAUCACCCUCCCCAUCGCCUUCUUCGGCUUCUUCUACUUCCCCGAUAUCCCAGAGAACACAAAGGUCAACUACCUCAGCGAGUCCGAGAAGAAGAUGGCUGUUGCUCGCCUGCCGCCCAUCAAGGAAGGCGGACACAGCAUCAGCCCGUUCUCGCUCAUGAAGCGUCUCUUCCUUUCCCCCGCUUUCUGGAUUCUCGUCUUCUGGUCCCCAGUCUGCGCCACACUCGAAGCCUACGCCGUCCAGAACAACUUCCUUAUCUGGCUCAAGUACCAAUCCAGCCACUUCACCCAGAGCCAGAUCAACACCUACCCCCUCGGCGUGCAAGCCGUCGGCAUCGUCUCGAACAUGCUGGCAGCCUGGCAAAUGGACGCCACCGGCACCCGCGUCCCCAUGGCCGUCCUCGCGGUCCUCCUGCAGCUCAUCUGCGCCAUCAUGCUGCUGGUCCCCACGCUCCCCUUCGCCGGAACCUUCUUCGCAUUCUACCUUUCCGGAACCGCGUACAUGGUCAACCCGCUCAUCUUCGGCUGGGCUAGUAUCAUUCUCCAGCGCACCGGCGACGAUGCCGUGCGUAGUGUUACCGUCUACUGCAUGAACGUCCUUUCGUUGACCUUGUAUACCUUCUGGGGUAUCGUGUUCUACGCGGCUGACGAGGCUCCUUACUGGAAGAAGGGAGGUAUUGUCAUGAUUGUGUGCUGCUUUGUCAUGCUGGGAUACAUGUGGGUUGUGUGGAAGCUGGACAAAACCACUCUCGAGAAGUACGAGCAGCCCUCUGCGCAGGACUCCGAGGCUUCGCCCGCAGUCUGUGAGAAGGCUUCUGGAAUUGAGAAGACGGACAGCGUGGACGAGAAGAGGGCCACCUCCGAGAAGACCGUCUCCAUCUAA